CUAUUUUAUUGUUUCAUGAACGCCUCACACCUCCACACUUCCGCAAUAGUAACACCAGGCUCAGCGCGGCGCUCUGUUUCUCUGCUGUCAGUCUGGGAGUUUCCUUAUAUCCGACUACACCUCAAGGCAACAGAGCUUCCUCCUCCCUCUCCUCCUCCUCCUCCUCUCCCGCUCAGUCCUUCAGUUUCACCUGCACUCGCUCUCUCAGAGACUCAGUCUGGUGUGUUGCGGACUUUCCACAGCUCUCCGACCCAACAGAGUGACACAUCCGCGGGCCAUAUUAGAACCGCUCCCACGGACUUCAGCUCGUCAUUCGUGGAAGCUCGGCAGAGACCCCCGCUCUCCCCGGACUCACACUUUAUCAGGAUGGAUUCGGCUGCUUUCCUGUUGCUGGCUUUCGCGAGCGCCGGGACACUUCUCCAAGUUUGGGGUACAGAAAGUGUGACUGCCUUGUAUGGAGAGACCAUUGUUAUACCAUGCAACGAUGGAGCUCCGGUACCCCAGCAUCUGAUGUUCGUCAAGUGGAAAUAUGAAAAAGACGAUGGCACUCCCGGAGACCUGUUGAUCAAACAGGCCCGCAACGAACAGGCCACUGUUCAGGCCACGGACAGUUACGCCCAGCGGGUCAGCAUUGAUGACAAGUUCAACCUGCUUAUCACUCAGGCCUCACUCAAAGACCAAAAGACCUUCACCUGCAUGGUGGUGUCACAUGCCAACCUCAUGGAGUUCCCUGUCUCUGUGCUUGUUUACAAGAAGCCCUCCUCAGUCCAGAUUAUGGACAAGUCUGAAGUGUUGCAGAAGGACAAAACAGUAACGCUGGGAACAUGUGUUGCGGCAGAGGCUAACCCCGCAGCUACAAUAACAUGGAAGAAGAACGGAAAGGCCUUGGUAGACGACGGGAAAGCCAUUGUGAUCACCCCGAGCCUGAAGCUGGAUCCAGCCACAGGCCUGUCCACCACCUCCUCCACCCUCCAGUAUGCAGCCACCAAGGAGGACGUCGGCGCGGUCUUUGCCUGCGUGUCCACACACAGGCUGACCAGCCAGGAGACCGAGCUGGAACCCUUUCCCAUUCACUAUCCAUCAGAGAAGGUUAGCCUCCAAGUCAUGUCCAAGGGACCCGUAGUAGAAGGAGAUAAUGUGACGUUGAAGUGUCACGCUGACGGCAACCCUCCACCUAGCUCCUUCUACUUCCACCUCAAGGGUGAGAAAAUGCUGGUGCAAAAUUCGGACACCUACACUUUGAAUGCCAUCAGCAGGGAGGCUGCGGGUGAAUACAAAUGCUCUUUGGCUGACAACGAGAAAGUGGAGGCCUCCCAGAACAUCCUUGUUAGCUAUCUGGACCUGAGUCUGAGUCCCACUGGGAAGGUUCUGAAGACAGUAGGGGACAGCUUGUCUGUGAAGAUGGAGAAGAUUGCCUCGGGUGACGCUACAGUGUUGUGGACAAAGAAUGGAAAGGCAGUGAAGGAGCCGGAGUUCAGCAAGUUGAGCUAUGCUGAUGCGGGAAUCUUUGUAUGUGAGGUUUCCUUGACUGGACUCACACGACACCAGAGCUUUGAACUGGUCGUAGAAGGAAAGCCUGUGAUCACCAGCCUAACCGAACACAGCACCGGCGAUGCUCAGCACAAAGUUCUGACCUGUGAGGCCGAGGGAGUGCCAGAACCCAGCUUCCAAUGGAGCGUCAACAACACGAACGAGGAGAGCUCUUACAUCAACGGCAAGGCCACCCAUAAGAUCACUGUGAUUCCCAGGCUGAACAUGACUAUCACCUGCACUGUCAGCAAUAAGCUGGGAGAAGAUGUCAUGACCAUCAAUGUCUCCUCUGUUUUUGAGGAGAAAAAUGGGAAAUCAGACCCUCAGGACGAUUCAAAGGACCAGGCCAAGCUCAUAGUGGGUGUCGUUGUAGGGCUCCUCUUCGCUGCCGCCGUGGUGGGACUCGUCUACUGGCUGUACAUAAAGAAUUCAAGACAAGGAAGCUGGAAAACUGGUGAGAAGGAGGUGGGGACAUCUGAGGAGAGCAAGAAACUAGAGGAGAACAAUCACACUGUGUAAAGGCACUCAGGCCGUACUACUGGGGAUGAAAGAGAAGAAGUUGAAAGCAGCUUGCAACAUUAGAACUACAGACUCCCAGUCGGCUGCUGACGCGCUCCAUCAGGCUCCACACAAGCAGCAACAAUCAGAGUAAUUUUCCACUAAGUCCUGCCCACAGCCUGCUGUCCCACCUCACUGUUUGAAGUUGCACUGAGGCUGCCUCGUGUUACUGUGCCAUUUUGUUUUUUGUGUUCCUGGUGAAUGCUCCCUGUUAUGUUUCGUUUGAGCGAUUCUGUGAGGCUGUGUGGUGGGGUUUUUUUUUUGUUGCUUAGUUUUUUCUUUAGGAUUUUUUUUUCUUUUGUUCUUUUUUUUCUUGAAUCUCUUUAAAGAAUGUAAAUUCCUUGUACACUUUUUAAAGGCCUGUAUAGCAAAUCAUAAUUAUGUGUGUGCCCUGGCUGAGCAUGCCAAUGUUCAUUUUUGUUCUUAUUUUUUUGUGCGCUGUGUGUGGAAAACCAUUUGCACAAAGAAAAAGACACUUCACUGCUGUAUAACCUCUACCCAAGCUGUCCUCAAACUUUUCAGAAGAUAACCUCAACAUAUCCAUAACCUCCUCAAUUAAGUUUUCUUUGUUUGAAACACUGGCCAAAGGACUGUCUGAAUAUCUAGUUAAUGGAUGCCAAUCACAGAACAGUCCUUGUUAUAUACAUUGUAUUGGACUGGAUGUACUGUGAAUGAUUUCUGUACAUGCAGUUUAUUGUAACUGUAACCCAAAAGAAAUGAAGAAAGGCAAUCACACAGAGAAGCAUCACGACAGGCACUUCAAAAACGCCUUGGCAAAGUGCGUCGGGAAAAACUGAUUAACCAGUCCCUUCAGGAUUUUUUGGAUUGUUGCGGCCUAAAAUGCCUGAUUUCACAGCAGUGCAUGUUGCAAUGCUUUUUUUGCAAUGAAAUUGGAAGUGAAAGUGAAAACUGCAAAAUUAUUGUUAUUAUACUGAUGGCAGCUUGUUAUAACAUCUCAUUGUUUGGAGAAUUCCAAGUAACUUUACUGAAAAAGGCUCAGGAUUAUGAGGGUAAAUGUGAAACGUUUGCGCCACACAUCUGCACGGUCUGCAUCUUCAUAACUAGAAACGAGGAAGCGAGAUUGGUGGCGUAUGGACUCACUGUUUUGCGCAGGAAACUGCAAUGAUUGGUCAUUUGUUGAAAAGUUGCUUUGAUUGGACAGAAUUAUAAGUCGUACAGAAUUCAUAGGGAAUGAUUGAAUUUGCAUUAAUCGUUUGUGAUCGCAACAUUGCAACUUCCUGUAGGGACUGAUUAACAGAUUUCAGCAGACGUCGGGCUCUAGAAGAGUAAACUCUAGCGCUGUAGAAGUGGAUAACAUAGUAUCGCAACUACAUCCCUGCUCUGUAGUUCUCUCAUAGUCCAACAGCUAGCUAGCUAGCUAACCUGUUUACCGCCAUAGUAAACAGAAUGAAAUGGGAAGUAAAUGGUAAAGUAGUAAAGCCCGCCUCUUGUUUGAUUUCAUUGGCUGUCUGGACCAAGUGUGACAUUAAUGAAUGAUGUGAUCCGUGCCUUGAUCUGAAAAGUUGGAAAUAGUUUAAUGCAUGUCUAAAAACCACUAGAAAAACAUGCGAUGCAAGAGAGGAGCACACACCAGGCGCACUGUACCCAAAACAAUGGUUUUGUUGCUGAUCCAUUUCUAGCAAUGCAUCUCUGUGUGAUUGGCCGUGUUGUGCUAGUUACUCAAAUAUUUUAUUUAUUGCUCUUUUAAUAUUAUUACUUUAAUUAUUACUCCCUGCCAACCGUAAUUAGUUACACUUCUAGUUAUAUUACUUGUCUGCUAUACUCCCCAUAAGAUUGGUAGUAGUGUUUUGUUUGUUAAAAUCAAAGUAAUGGAAGUGUUUCCAUCUUCCAAGGUAGUUCUCUCUACGAUUACAAAAGUGAAUUUAUGAAUGUGAUUGGAUUGUUGGAUUUCAAAUUAGCAGGGAGGUGACAACAAAAAUAAGGAACUAAGGUUGUAACUAAUUAUUUUUUUGGGAGGGUAACUAAUAUUAUUACUGAAAUGUAUUAGUAAUUAGUUACACUACUAGUUACUGGGGAAAGUAAUAUUACUGUAAUAUUAUUACUAGUAAUGAGUUACUGCUCGAUACUAGGGAUCGGCCCCAUACUGUGUUUUAAAUUGCAUUUGUAAAUUGGCAUUCAGCAAAUGGAACAUAAGUUGCUUUGGUUGAUAUUUUGUUGUUUGUCUCAGGAGGGACUUUUUAAUUGCUUUAUGUUGCAAAUAAUUUGAAAUGAUUUAAAUAAUUUCUGAAAAUAAAAAAAGGAAAUGAAAAGGCAAUAAGUCACCGGAAACGUGCAACAACUUGUAAGAAAUGCAAAAGUAUGUUCUGCCAUAAUUUUCUUCUUUUUGAAGAUCAUGUUGUUUAGUUUAAUACACUACAUUGUUGUCAUCAUGUCUUCACCUGUCUGCUCUACAGCUCCUAGAGGUUGGUAGGUUUUUGGAGUAGAUUUUAAUACUUGCUGUUUUGAUUUUGGAAGAGCUUUACUGAUGCCAGGUCUGAAUUCUAUUUUUUGUGUUUUUGAUGUAUUUAUAUUCUGUGUGCAACCUACCUGGAUAGCGAUGCUGCAGCAUGCAAGAUAAUUGUUUUUAUAAGCCUGCACAGAAGGCAUCAUGUGUUGAAAAGGUACUGUACGGUAGGAGAGUUACAUGACAGUGGAUCAGGCGAUACAGUAUCUGAGCUCUUUCUCUGCUGUUUUAAUGUUAUUUUUAGCUCAGUGGUGUGAAGGAUAACACAAACUGAAGACAGUGAUUGAGAUUGGCAGAUUAGAUGAGAUGCAUAAAGAUGUUGGAUUUUACAUUUUUGCUUUGGUUCAUCCCAUAAUGCAACAGCCCAGUGACCCACCAAAGAGAGCAUUGGUAAGACGGCUUGAGUAGAAUCCUAAACAUUGUUGUAGUUCACUAGUUUACAGUUUUCAAUGUGUAAACCUGCUGAAUACAUCUACAUAUUUAUGACUCGUGUUCUGAUGAAUAACUUGACAAAAAAGAAGCAUCAACAUUUCACCUCAACCUACAAUCUGUUAAUCCGUAGGGAUUAAGACUAUUAGCUAAUAGUCAGGUUUAUUUAUAAGAAAUUUGAGUUUACAUCUGGCUAACGCCUCCCUGUGGUGAUUAAAGAUACACACAGAACUGUUUUGUAGACCACAAUGAUUUUGCAUCAUGAAUCCCAUUAGUAUGGCAAGACAGUAGCAAUUGCAGUCUUUUAAAUUGACCUUUUCACUUUGUGAUUGUCUUUGGGAUGCCACUUUUACAAACUGUAUCAAAGAGAUGACAGUCCACCCUUUUUUUUUUUUAAAA